CUCACUCUUUGAAACCCUCCCCGGCGGUGCUGUUGCUUUCGCUCCUUUCCAGAGCUUUUGUGCUCGUUUCAUUCAUUCUUCCUUGUCGUCCUUGACAAUCCCUCGUUUUUGCCCAACAGCAGUAGCCCUGGUCGGCCGACCUUCACCGCUUUCCACAACACGCAAUCCUUUCCUGCGCUCGAAGCUGCAACACCAUUCCCCCUAGCAACAGCAAUGUCUUCCUCCCUCAAGUUGACCCUGCUGGCUCUCGUCUCCACGGCCGCCGCCGUCCCCCACUAUGGUCACAUCAAGUACCACACGCCCUCGGCCGGCUACCGAACUCCUGGCGCCCAACAGCCCCGCUAUCCCACGGGCGGCUGGCUCCCCUCCAAUGCCACCACGGCCUUCCCCACGGGCACUGCCGUCGUUCCCGACGACAAGACCACGACCAUUGACGAGACCUACACGUCGACUACCACCAUCGUCUCCACCAUCUACCUCGAUGCCAGCCCCCUCCCCGAACAGUCCUCCCAGCCUGAGAUCCCCAGCUCCGCCCUUCCUAGCCAUGCCUCGUCCGCCUCUUCAGCUUGCGGCCCCGAAACCAUCUACGUCACGGCCACUAACCAACUCACGGUUACCGUGACGGCUGGCGAGGUCGUCCCCAGCUCUCCUGCCGCCGCUCCCACGGCCGGAUAUCAAGCCCCUCCACCACCUCCUCCACCUGCCUCCGAGUCUCCGGCUUCCUCGGCUGCCGCUCCCACCGGUGGAUAUCAGGCUCCCCCCGCCCCGACUCCAGACGCCCCAGCCACGUCCACCGUCGAGGAAGGCAAAGUCAGCGUGAGCCUGCCCAACAAGGGUGUCGAGAACCCAACCACCUCCGAGCAGGCCUAUCAGCCCGUCGAGACGCCCUCCCCGGCGCCCCCAUCAGGCGGCAACGUAGCCAAGGUCGGCCUGGCGUACAAUGAUGCUGCGCUCUGCAAGAACUUUGCUGGAAAGGCCAGCUGGGCCUACAGUUGGUCCUCCUCUCCCAUGGGCGACCUUCCAGAGGGCAUCAAGUUCGUUCCCUUGCCCUGGGUCAAGAAUGAGAGCCCUUCGCAGUGGCUCCAGAAGGUCGAUGAGGCCGUGGCCGCUGGCUCCGAUGCCGUCAUGGGUUUCAAUGAGGUCGAUCAUCCCACCCAGGCCAACAUGGAUCCCUCCACCGCCUGCCAGAGGUGGUCCGAGUACAUGGACCCCAUCAAGAGUGCCCAUCCCGGCGUCACCAUCGUCGGUCCCUCCGUCACCAACGCUGGCGACAAACCCAACUGGGGCCUGGACUGGUACAAGAACUUUAUGGCCGUCUGCCCUGGCGCCAAGUGGGAUGCUGUCAACGUCCACUUCUACGACAUCUUCCAGGAGGGCGAGGGCGACGCGAGCACCGUCAACCGCUUCAUCUCUCACAUCGAGGCUGCCGCCAAGUUGACCGGCAAGCCCGUCUGGGUCACCGAGUUCGGCCUCAACGCGGGCUCCACGGCCGAAGACUCGGCCAAGUUCCUCCGCGCCGCCAUGAAGUACAUGGACGACUCCGACAAGGUCCACGCCUAUUCCUACUUCAUGGUCGGCAGCGGUGAGAACCAGCUCAUCUCCGGCAACAGCCUCUCCCCUAUCGGCGAGGUCUACGCUGCUUCUUCUUAGAACAACGAACGCAAACGAACACUUUAUGAGGCGUCGAAACCAUGUUUCUCUUUUUCUCUUUUGGACACGCAAUUUGGAGCAUCGGGGCAACGGAAAAUCUAGGGCUUCGAACUAGGGCGAUAUACUGGGACAUUAUGGGGACGUUUUGGGAUUGGAUCUGGAAAUCUAUCAUAUGCAAACGUUCACACAGGGACGCAUGUGAAGGUAUACAUGGAUUUUAACUUCUUGUAUCACCCCGUUUGUACCUCUUCUUCCGCUAGCGAGCGAGCAUGGCGACUCUUUUUGAUUGGUGGUUUGGUGCUUGAUCCUCCUGGGAAGGGAUGAAAUGCAAAGGAGAUUGUUUCUGCCGGUGAA